GCGGGCCCCGCCGGGGCGUGUGAGAGAAGCUGGGACGUCGGGUCGGCGGCUGGCUGAGGCACUUUCCUUCCCGCUCGGCAGCUGAAGGGACAGAGAGAGAGGAUGAUGCGGCUCCGGAGCCCCGCGCUGCUGAGGGACCUGCUGAGGCUCAGCCAGAGCGGAGCAGCGGCCGUUGGCGGGCCUGGCUGCUGCCGCCACCCGUUGCUGAGGCGGCUCCAUCCCGCCGCCGCCGGUUGCCGCCUGCCUAGCGGCGCCGCCCGCUCCUUAUGCACCCGCUCGGAGGGGAUUCUGGACGAGCCGGGAAAGGGCCCUCCGCCGUCUCAGCAGCAGCAGCAGGCGGCGCCCUCGGCGGAGAAGCCCGGCGCCAACAACAGCCACGGCGCCGAAGCCGGCGGCAUGGGCGACAAUAAGAUAAAGCAAGGUCUUUUGCCUAGUUUGGAGGAUUUGCUGUUCUAUACUAUUGCAGAAGGGCAAGAAAAAAUACCAGUUCACAAAUUCAUCACGGCCCUGAAAUCAACAGGUUUACGUACAUCUGACCCAAGACUGAAAGAAUGCAUGGAUAUGCUAAGAUUGACUCUUCAAACAACAUCAGAUGGUGUCAUGCUUGAUAAAGAUCUCUUUAAAAAGUGUGUCCAAAGCAAUAUUGUCUUGCUUACUCAGGCUUUCAGACGAAAGUUUGUCAUUCCAGAUUUUGUGUCAUUUACUUCUCACAUUGAUGAACUGUAUGAAAAUGCUAAAACACAAUCUGGAGGAACGGUUGCUGACUAUAUUCCACAACUGGCUAAAUUCAGUCCUGACUUGUGGGCAGUUUCUGUUUGUACAGUUGAUGGACAGAGGCAUUCUGUUGGAGAUACCAAAGUUCCAUUUUGUCUUCAGUCCUGUGUAAAGCCUUUGAAGUAUGCUAUUGCUGUUAAUGACCUUGGCACGGACUAUGUACACAGAUAUGUUGGUAAAGAGCCUAGUGGACUAAGAUUCAACAAAUUGUUCCUCAAUGAAGAUGACAAACCUCACAAUCCUAUGGUGAAUGCUGGAGCAAUUGUGAUCACUUCCUUGAUCAAGCAAGGAGCAAAUAAUGCUGAGAAAUUUGACUAUGUGAUGCAGUUCAUGAAUAAGAUGGCUGGAAAUGAAUACGUUGGGUUUAGUAAUGCCACGUUCCAGUCUGAAAGAGAGAGUGGAGAUCGAAACUUUGCAAUAGGUUACUAUCUGAAAGAGAAAAAGUGUUUUCCAGAAGGCACAGAUAUGGUUGGCAUAUUGGACUUCUACUUCCAGCUGUGUUCCAUAGAAGUGACUUGCGAAUCGGCCAGUGUAAUGGCAGCAACAUUGGCUAAUGGAGGGUUUUGCCCAAUAACUGGUGAGAGGGUACUGAGCCCAGAAGCCGUUCGGAACACUCUAAGUUUAAUGCACUCCUGUGGCAUGUAUGACUUCUCAGGACAGUUUGCCUUCCACGUUGGUCUUCCUGCAAAAUCAGGGGUUGCUGGUGGCAUUCUGCUGGUUGUUCCCAAUGUUAUGGGCAUGAUGUGCUGGUCCCCUCCUCUGGACAAGAUGGGCAACAGCGUUAAGGGGAUACACUUUUGUCACGAACUGGUAUCUUUGUGCAAUUUCCAUAAUUACGAUAAUUUGAGGCACUUUGCGAAGAAGCUUGAUCCUCGCAGGGAAGGUGGUGAUCAGCGGCAUUCCUAUGGACCGCUGGACUAUGAGAGCCUUCAGCACGAACUUGCAUUAAAAGAGACUGUGUGGAAAAAAGUGUCACCCGAGGCAAACGAGGACAUCUCCACCACUGUAGUGUAUAGAAUGGAAGGUCGAGGAGAGCAAAACUAAAGAAAUGGGCUCUAGUUUCAGAGAGAGUUGGUUUUCAUCUUUAAACAUGCUCCCGUUUUUCUAGAUCGCACAGUUCCAGAGAAGCUAGGUUUGAUUUCAGUGUUUUGUAAAUAACUGCUCUGAGAUACCAAAGAUUAGUAUCUGGUUUUAUGCAGAUUCCUUUUAAUCGCUUUUUCAGAAAGCAAGCGGAAAUAAAGCACGAAAAUGUGUGUGGCCUAUACUUGAAAUUGUAUCAUGCUUAAGGAAUGAAUUCAAAAGGGAAUUUCAUGGGGUAUUAAAAAAAACAACAAAAAAUUUGCAGUGCAGCAAAACACAAAGGUAUAUUGGCUACAAAAGAAAAAUGGAACAAUAGAUAUAGAAAAAAUAAUACCCGGAUCAUAUAUUUUUUAUAAGUGGAUAAAUUUUACUGUUGUCACAAUUUGCUUAGAUUUUAACAGACUGUUAAACAAAUCCUCCGUUAGAUUUUUCUCUCUCUCUGUCUUUUAGUAUCUUAAUCCUAAACAUUUGGAAGCAGGUUCAUUUGCUUUCAGUUCAAGCAAAUAUAUGCAAAGUCAUUCAUUCAACUUGUGCAACAUUGGAAAAGGCUGAAAAUGAAUGGAGGUGAUAGGAUUCUUUGUAUCAGUCGUUAUGUAACAAUAUGUAGAAACCUAGUUUAAACAACUCUUAAAUAUAUUGAAUAUUGAAAUAUACCAAAGUAUAGAAUAGUAUUGAUAAGUUCGUUAAUCUUCUAAUAGCAGCAUAUUAGGAAACCAUGCUUGCGUUGUGCCUUUGACUUCUGAAAAAUGAUAGAACCAAUGGUUGAGAGACACACACUCCAUAUAUAUUAUAAUAUAUAUAUUACUCUAGAUUCUGCCAGAAAUAAAUAACAAUAGGUGCAAUAAGAAAGAAAGCGUUUCACAUUUGAGAGCCCUUUAACACACGGAGGCAUUGCUUUUCUGCCGUUCGCUGAAAGUGGUAUUAAACGCUUUUCAGAACCUCCAGUUUUAACAUAGCAUGGGGAAGGAACUUUGUGAUAGUCUGCAAAUUUUUACAUGCAGAAGGGGCUGGGUUCAAAUCCUGGCACCUCCAGGUAGAUCUGGAGCUUUUGUAUGAAAACUCCUAGAGAGGUUUGGCUGUAGUGAGGUGGAUGAGCUGGUGGUCUGACUUCGUAUAAGUCAACUUCCUAUGUAAUUAGCAACCCUGUUUCCCCUUGACCAAUAUCUUCUUAGAAUGUCUGCUCACAGGAAAUUUACAUUCAACAAAUGCCUUUCUAAUGUUAAUUAAAAGCUUCCUGUUCAGAAGCUCAACCUC